CUCCCAUUUAUUUCACUCUUGUUUUAGCGUGACCAAUGAUCGAACAUACAUGAUGGAUGAGGGCAUAGGAAUUGUCGUCCGAGUGAGUGGCGCAAAUAUAUAAAAUGGGGGGCGGACGAUUUUUGGGACUCGCAUGGCAUUACAUAGAUCUGGUUCAUAUCUUUCAUUUGCUGUUUUCACUGCUCCGUCUUUUUUCUCCGUCACGUUCCUUCUCCAUCUGUUCUUCACUACCAUCUUCUAUUCUCUUCUUCGCUUACCUUUCCUUCUAUUUUGAUCACCUUUUUCUCCAAUAUUUUCUCUUUGCUUCGUCGGACUGUUUCACUUCCAUACCAUUUCCUCUUGUAUUUCUCUCGUCUCCUUUGUCGAACACUCUCCUACUACAUGAUCCUAGCAAAUUCAAAUAUCUAGCAACUAGCUACCAGACCGGUCCCCAGUCUUGUCAGCACCGCCGUUAGUGAAGAUCUUUCGAGUCCUGUCCUAACUUCAGAGCAGGAAACCUUUACACGGAAUCUCAAGGAUGAUUGUGGCUAUUGAAAUAUGAAACUUGGGUGGAAAGGCACAUUUAACCAACUUGCGUGAACGGGCUGUAAAAGGGUUCUCGCUUUUGGCCUUGUCACCCAGAGGAAGAAUUCC